UCCAGCGACGCCGCCAUCUUUGUUGAUGUGUCAGUUCCGCGGGGCUUCAGGGCAACCGCGCGGGGGUGCUGCGCUGUGUCUGCUUUGCUCCCCAUAGCCGUCGGGUCUCUGUCUCGCGGUCUGUCAGACCCCGCUAUGGAGAAGUUGGCCCUUGAGCUGCAGCGGCCUCGAUAGAGGUGCCAAGUGGGAUGUAAAACGAAGAGCAGGAGCAGGUUUGAAGAAAUGCAGAGCGAGUUGGUGCCAAUCACUAUGUCAGAGACAGAGAACAUAGCCUCCAUUUCUUCUGAUAAAAAUACUGGGAUAGCAUUAGAGUCCCAAGAAAACUCUUGCAACUUGUUUUCUGGUGAUGAAAACAGCAGCGCUGAAACUGACUCCAAACUGAUGCCAUUAAACUGUGAUUUAUGUCAGUCCGUUGAUCAAGACAGUCAAAUCGAAGCACAGGAAACUUACCUUCCAAAUCAUGGUGGGGGUGAGGAUUCUUGUACCAAAACAGACAUGUGCCCAGAAAGCCCUGAACAAAUAGCCAGUUUUCCUAGUGAGGAUUUUACAAAGCAAGUUUCAAAAUCAAGUGAAACCGAACAGACAGUAACGCAAAUAUUGGCGGAAUUAAGGUCAUCUACAUUUCCAGAAGCAGCUAAUCAGAAGACUUAUUCAGAAAGCCCCUAUGAUACAGACUGUACCAAGAAACUUAUUUCAAAAAUAAAGAGUGUUUCAGCAUCAGAGGAUUUAUUGGAAGAAAUAGAAUCUGAGCUCUUAUCUACGGAGUUUGCAGACCACCGAAUACCAAAUGGAAUGAAUAAGGGCGAACAUGCACUAGUUAUGAUUGAAAAGUGUGUGCAAGAUAAGUAUUUGCAGCAGGAACAUACCAUAAAGAAGUUAAUUAAAGAAAAUAAGAAACAUCAGGAACUCAUCUUAGAUAUUUGUUCAGAGAAAGACGAUUUAAGAGAAGAAUUGAAAAAAAGAACAGAAACAGAGAAGCAGCAUAUAGGCAUAAUUAAACAGUUAGAAUCAAGAAUAGAAGAACUUAAUAAAGAAGUUAAAGCUUCCAAAGAUAAACUACUAGCUCAAGAUAUUGCAGCUAAAAAUGCAGUCCAGCAACUACACAAGGAGAUGGCCCAUCGGAUGGAACAGGCCAACAAGAAAUGUGAAGAUGCUCGUCAAGAAAAAGAAGCAAUGGUAAUGAAGUAUGUAAGAGGUGAGAAGGAAUCUUUAGACCUCCGAAAAGAAAAAGAGAUACUUGAAAGAAAACUCCGAGAUGCAAAUAAGGAAUCGGAGAAAAACACAAACAGAAUUAAGCAGCUUUCUCAGGAAAAAGGACGGUUACACCAGUUGUAUGAAGCAAAGGAGUGCGAAGCUACUAGACUUAUCAGAGAAAUAGAAAAAUUAAAAGAGGAUAUCAGUUCACACAUCAUUAAAGUGAAAUGGGCACAAAACAAAUUAAAGGCAGAAAUGGAUUCACACAAGGAAACCAAAGAUAAACUCAAAGAAACAACAACAAAGUUAACCCAGGCAAAGGAAGAAGCAGAUCAGAUACGAAAAAAUUGUCAGGAUAUGAUAAAAACAUACCAGGAGUCAGAAGAAAUUAAAUCAAAUGAACUUGAUGCCAAACUUAGAGUCACAAAAGGGGAACUUGAGAAACAAAUGCAAGAAAAAUCUGACCAGUUAGAGAUGCAUCAUGCCAAAAUAAAGGAACUCGAGGAUCUGAAGAGGACAUUUAAGGAAGGCAUGGAUGAGCUUCGGACCCUGCGAACAAAGGUGAAAUGUCUAGAAGAUGAACGAUUAAGAACAGAAGAUGAAUUAUCAAAAUAUAAGGAAAUUAUCAAUCGCCAAAAAGCUGAAAUUCAGAAUUUAUUGGACAAAUUGAAAACUGCAGAUCAGAUACAGGAGCAGCAUCAGAGAGGUCAACAAGAAAUUGAAAAUUUGAAGGAAGAAGUGGAAAGUCUUAAUUCUUUGAUUAAUGACCUACAAAAAGACAUUGAAGGCAGUAGGAAAAGAGAAUCUGAGUUGCUGCUGUUUACAGAAAAGCUCACUAGUAAGAAUGCACAACUCCAGUCUGAAUCCAACUCCUUGCAGUCACAGUUUGAUAAACUUUCCUGUAGUGAAAGUCAGUUACAAAGCCAAUGUGAGCAAAUGAAACAGACAAAUGUUAAUUUGGAAAGUAAAUUGCUACAAGAGGAAGAAUUACGGAGAGAGGAGGUCCAGACUCUACAACUAGAACUUACUGGUAGACAAGCAGAAGUUAAAGCUUUAAAUACCCAGGUAGAAGAAUUGAAAGAUGAAUUGGUAACUCAAAGACGUAAACAUGCCUCUAGUAUUAAGGAUUUUACUAAACAACUUCAGCAAGCACGAAAAAAAUUAGAUCAAGUUGAGAAUGGAAGCUAUGACAAAGAAGCCAGCAGCAUGGGAAGUCGUUCUAGCUCAUCAGGAUCCCUCAAUGCACGGAGUAGUGCAGAAGACCGCUCCCCAGAAAAUACCGGGUCUUCAGGAGCUGUGGAUAACUUUCCAGAAGUGGACAAGGCCAUGUUAAUUGAGAGGAUAGUAAGACUACAGAAAGCACAUGCCCGAAAAAAUGAAAAAAUAGAAUUUAUGGAAGAUCACAUCAAACAAUUGGUUGAAGAAAUUAGGAAAAAAACAAAAAUAAUCCAAAGUUACAUCUUACGGGAAGAAUCGGGCACACUUUCUUCAGAGGCGUCUGAUUCUAACAAAGUCCAUCUAAGCAGACGGGGUGGCAUCAUGGCAUCUCUAUAUACAUCUCACCCAGCUGAUAGUGGAUUGACAUUGGGACUCUCUUUAGAGAUCAACCGAAAAUUACAAGCUGUUUUGGAGGAUACAUUACUCAAAAAUAUUACCUUGAAGGAAAAUCUACAAACACUUGGAACAGAAAUAGAACGCCUUAUCAAACACCAACAUGAACUAGAACAUAGAACGAAGAAGACUUAACACAAAGCUCUUACUCGAUAGACAGGCGCAAGCCAAACCAGGAGCAAGUGCCAGUACCCAGUGCCCAGUGCCCAGUACCCAGUACUGUUGGAGACUGUUCCCUAUUUUGUGUGUCAGUCAGUAAAAUAUUUAUUUUGCUUUAUCUGUCUUUAAAAAAAAAAAAUCCUUUUACAAUAUGGAUGCAUUUCUGUGUACACUUUAAGAGUACAGGCUCUGAUGAGAUAUGAUUUUGACUGGUGGCAACCUGCCAUUGAGUCAAAACAAGUUGAUCUGAUUUGCUCAGAGUCACAUGAAAUGCUGAGCAUGACUUUAAUGGCUUUGAAGAACCCCUCCACCAAAUCCCUUCCCUUUCAAAUAUGUAAGGUCCAGAUGAAUCUAACUUUAUAAAAUUAUGUGUGAAAAGACAAUGUUAACCAUUCAGUAGUAUGCUACUUCUCCAACAUGAAGAAAACUACAAUGAUAAAAAAUGUUUGUUUUAACAUAUUUCAGUACAGUUUUGCUCUGUUUUACUCAUGCCAAUGAAUACUUAAGUCUUUUAGUUUUACCAUGUUUUAAAUCUUUUAAUGAGAGCCAAGCUAGUAGGAGAGCUACUACUUGGCAAAUAGCCAUAGCCAGACAUUGUUUGCCUCUGUCAGAUUCUCUUAUCUGUGGGACAUUUUUUCAGAUUUGAACUGAGCCAAUAGCUGAGGUUUUCUUUUUUUUUUUUUUUUUUAACUUCAACCAUAUUAAGUAAUGGUUUUAACUAAUAUGCUCCUUUAGGGAAUUUCUGUGUGUUUCAGUUAUUUUAAAUGAAAUAUGAAGAGGAUUAGUCAUAGAACAGAGAUGAACUAUGAAACUUUGAAACUGUAAUGUUUUUACUAAAGUCAAAUGUAAAGAAAAGUGUUUCAGAUUAUUUGUGAUGAACCAGGCCCUGGAAGAAUCCAGCAUACCAUUGUUACCCAUCCCAUUCGAGCACCAUGCUUUAUAUCUAUAAAUAUCUAAAUCAGAAGUCGAAUUAUCAUACACUCCAUGAAUGUGAUGGAUUCCACCAUAUUUAUUUAAAAUACAAAAUGUGUAUAUCUGUGUAACCAAAGGAAUUUUAGAACCAAGUUUGUAGCCUCUUGCAUUUUUUACAGUAUUUAUUUAAAUGUGCUUUAUGUGUUGCCAGUCUUAGUAUUUUUGUUAUUGAAUUUUUUCUCACCUUUAAUAAGUUUUCUCACCUUAUUUUAAUUUUUGUGCAACUCUCUUCACAUUCCCUUCUACUUAUAUUUCUCUGUAGUAAGCUCCUUUGACUUGUACACUGAUGUUGCACAUAAGUCUUUUUAUUUUUCAUUUUUACAUUUUUUACCCUCCCUUUAGAGAAGUCAGAUUUGGGAGUGAUGAGUUAAAGCCUUUUAAAAAAGUAUAUGAUUUUAAAAGUCAGGACUCUAAUGGAAAUGUAUCUUUAAUAUACUUUAACAAAUUUUAAAUCAAUAUAAUGCUGUUUAAUAAGACCAUUUACUGAGGCUUACAUAACUUAAUGUACUCCAUACUUUUGCUGUGUUCUAUAUGUAGUCAUUCCAAAACAGAAUCUUUUUGCUUCCAAUUGGAACUAUAAGUUUAAAGCCAUUAUUUUUACAAGAACUAUGAGAAGUAUUAGUCUUACCACAAAGUGUUUUAUUCUUUUUACCAAUAACUUAUCAAAAUAAGGAGAACAAGAGGGCACGUGCAAUCAGGUCUGAAUUACCCCCCCAUUUCUUUCCACAUAGGAUAGCCAGAAUAAUGAAGUUGUAUGGCUUCUGAUAGAAUAUUGCUUCACAUACUGCAACAGUUUGUUUUUCUUUCCUCUAAGACACAAAACGUAAUGGAGACCAGGCAGUAAUCAGAUCCAUGUGUGUGUUGUGUCUGUGCCCUUAAAACAUAUAUGCAUUUACUGCAUAUAACAAGUGCAACAGUUCAUGACACACACUUGUGCCACUGUUCGUUUGAAGAAGUUUAAUGAUGGAAUUACCUUAGAAAAAAACUGUUAUAAUUCAUAUUUUUACUUAAUGUUGUCUACCACUGUCAUAACGUAAAAAACUAUGGGACACAUUUGAAGAAAAUGCUUUAGUUUCCUCUUAUUCUGUUUCUACGAUAGCCUUUUGUCUAUGUCUCAGAACUGCAGAUUUCUGUCUGUAGGUUGAAUAACACUCUGCUCCUGAUAGAAGGAUGUAGAAGGCCUUCUACUCCUGUUGUAUUGAGUAUAUGAAGAGAAGAAUGAAGUAUCUGAUGGGAGAGGAAAUGGUUAGGGAUAUACCUGAGAUGUAGGGGAAUUUUUCUUUUUUCUCUAAGAACUAGGGCAUUUCCUGUGUGUGACUUCACCACUCCUGGGCUAUUGUGAGACACAAGGAGGGAGGGAGGGAGGGAGAGAUACCACAGCUCUGUCGUCAUCAUCAUUAUCAUCAUCACUUCCCUAGGUGCCGUGGUGCUGCUACAUGGUGCCGGGACGUGAACCUGGGCCAUGUGAAUGACAAGGCACGUUCCUUACCCAGUGAGCUGUCUCUUUGGCGUAAAACUUGCCUUUUACUUUUAUUAAUUGGAUACUUCCAAGUCUGUUUUGGCUACUUAGUAGUAUUUUGGUUUCUUUAAGCGGGAAGGCGUAUGUGUGUGCAUGCGUGUGCGUGUGUAUGUGUGCGUGUGUGUGUGUGUGUGUGUGUGUGUGUGUGUACACACUAAUUUUUAGUUUAUAGUGAAUGCUUACUGUGACUCCCAUUUCCCCAUACCACUUUAACUGAAACCUAAAUUUUAAGGAUGGAAAGUGGUGACUUCAGGUGGAAGACUGAGUUUGAACACGUUUCUUUUAAUUUUUUCUCAUCUUCAUGAUUUAAAGCAAUUUACCAUAAAAUUAAAUUUUGUUGGGAGGCUACCAAUAUACUUAGAGUCAAGUGAAAAUAGCCAGGAAGCAGGAAGGCGUAGUUUUGAAUCUCUGUGACUCACAUUGGGUCCCUUGUCACUGGGCUGGGAAUGGGGAGAUUAAUACACUUGUGCCCAGGAGUCUGAGUCUGGCAUGAAGCCGUGGGAGGUGAGUGCCUGCUGGCUGAGGUGUGCUGAGAGCAGAUUGCUGUUUUCAUGGUGGUGGUUCAUCUUUCCUCAUGCUUGUCACAGUUUGAUGUUCAAGUAUUCUUUAAUAAAAAGGAAAAACAAAUCCAAAGACUAUAAAAUGGCACCUGAUUGUGCCAUUUUAGUAAAUUAUUGCCUACUUGAUGCUUAUCAAAAUGAAUCUAAUCAUGUUGUUAUUCUAGUUUCCAAACAUUGCUUUGCAGAAUAUCAUUGUCUAGAGAUUUUUACAUGUAAAUUUUGAUGAAAAUUUGCUUGUAGAAGGAAAAAAAUUAGAUACUUUUAAUAUCAUGUUAUAUGCACUACCCUUAUGAAAAUGUUUAUAUAAACCAUCUUGUUUGGUAUGUUUAAUUUGCCUUAUGAAUAUUGACUCCAGCCACCUAUUUUUAAUAACUUUUUUAAACAAAACAAUUCUUUUUUUCAACACUACAAUUAAUUUUUAACACCAAUUAAAGACAUUAGAGGCCAGAAAUUUAUCAAGGCUAAAACAGGGAAAUUAACUGAAAAAAAAUUAAAAUAUUAAGAAUUUUCAGGAGAAUAAAUGAAAGAUAUAAUUGUAUAUUAAUAUGUAUUUUUCUUCUGGAAUGGUAUUCUUUUGCAGAUGCAUGUGGCUUUCCAUUUUGACUGCAGUGAUGAAACUGGUUUAUCUUCCAAAGUUCAUAUAUAUACAUAUAUAUGUGUGUGUGUUCAUUGUACAGAUAUCUUUAAUUUGAUUACACUGUUCAUUUUGUAAAUAUGUUUCUGUAUAAAGAAACUUUUGAAGAGAAUUUUAUGUAUAUAUUGUACUUAUUAAAUAGGUAAUGCCUGUUUACCAAA